UGCGUGGAUUAGCAGCCAUUCGUGGCACUCCAUGAUACCGCUAUCUUGGCUCUCUGUCAAGACCAAGCUAGCCUACUUAACCAUCGAUAUCGAACAGUUGUUCCUUGUUAUUCGUGGUUUGACUAAAUCCCCGGUGCAAUGUUUACAAAUUGUCUGAGUGAAACAAUGUAAAUAUAAGCAUAAGUCGAGAAACUGGACCCAAAAGUUUCGUAAAAAUGUGGAGGACACCAAUUUUAUAUGUUUUCGUCUUUGUUGUAAUCCUUUUACACGGUGGUUGUACUCAAGACAUAGAUGAAAAGUACAAUGGCAAGUACAUUGGUAAAUUAAAUGCAUACCAUCAUCAAAUUGCUGGUGACGUUUACGCCGUGGACGAGUACACAUUAUUGUUGACGUCCUUUAGCUAUGAUGGCACCGGCGCAGAUACAUUCUUUUGGGCCGGUGCGACCAAUCAUCCAGGUCCUCAGGGAUUCAUUGUCCCAGACGAGUUUGGCAAGACCAACGUCCUUGACCGAUAUUUUAAUAAGGAUUGCACACUUACACUGCCGGACAACAAGAAGAUAACGGACAUCAAGUGGUUUGCGAUUUACGAUCUGUCAAAUCAGAAUACAUUUGGAGAUGUUAAUAUUCCCGACGAGUUCGAUCCGCCGUCUCCCCAAAGAAUCUCCCAACUAUCAAAAAGAUCUCAUGAAGUUACUUCAGAGGCCAUAGUAAUCCUCGAUGCAAAAACCAUCAGCAUCUCAGCAUUUUAUUACGAUGGCUUAGGCAAUGACACUUAUUUCUGGGUUGGCGCUGGCCCCCAACCUUCUACUACUGGAUCCAAAGUACCUGAUGAACACGGAUAUUUGGAUCCUCUAAGACACUACAAAGGUGAGGACAUUGUGAUUCAGCUUCCAGGUGACAUGACAAUCCGUAACAUUAAUUGGCUGAGUAUUUUUGAUGUUGCAACGAAAAGCAAUUAUGGAUCUGUAGUUAUACCGGAAGGCCUCAACGUUCCCCCGUCAUUAGUCAAGAUUAUAAAGCACGUGGAGGCGCUCCCAAACUGCGUGCAACUUCACAAAAAUUAUCAAGUAAGCUGGGAGAUCUUCGGGCCGCAGAUUACAAUACAAUUGAGUGGUCAAAUUAAGGAGGAUGGGUACAUGGCAUUUGGACUUUCCGGAUCUGAGAAGAAGAGUCAGAUGGAGGGAGCAGAUGUCACAGUUGCUUACAUGGAUGGAGCCCGAGGCUAUGCUGUUGAUUACAACGUUACAGCGAAGGCACCAGUGAGUAUUCAAUGA